CAGAGUGCAAAGGGGUUUUUUUUACUCAGAGCAGCCAUCUUGGAUCUAAUGCUAAGAAGAGAAAUUGAUGUGGAGGCAAAAGGCAUGUUUGGUGCUAGGAAAAAAUUUCCUGAUUUUGUCGAGGUUGUCGAUAACGACUUUACAGAUGACGGCAUGUACUACAACCAGCAGUCCAUGUUUCCCCAUCGGACAGACAAAGACAUGCUGUCCUCUCCCUCACCGUCGUCAUCGAGCCAGCUGUCACAGCUUGGUGCCAGUUUGUACGGUGCACAAACAGGUGCACUUGGCUUCUCGGUAAGGGGUAUGGGCAACAGUACACCUCAGUUAAACCGAAAUCUUACUCAAGGCAACCAGUUACCAAGUCAUAUCACCCCCACAACAGGGGUCCCAACCAUGUCCCUCCACACACCUCCAUCACCAAGCAGGGGGACUUUGCCAAUGAACAGGAACAUGUUAAAUCACUCACAAGUUGGUCAAGGCCUUGGGAUCAGUGGCAGAACCAACAGUAUGAGCAGCUCCGGACUUGGAAGCCCGAACCGUAGCUCCCCAAGUAUCAUCUGUAUGCCCAAGCAGCAGCCAGCACGCCAGCCCUUCACCAUUAACAGCAUGUCCGGUUUCGGAAUGAACCGCAAUCAGGCUUUUGGGAUGAACAACUCAUUAUCUGGAAGCAUCUUCAAUGGCACAGAUGUAAGUGAAAACAUUACGGGUCUAGAUCUGUCAGAUUUCCCAGCAUUAGCAGAUCGGAGUAGAAGAGAAGGGACUGGAAACCCAUCGGCAGUGCUCAGCCAGCUGUCGGGUCGGGCUCCUUAUGUUGGCAUGGUGACAAAACCCUCCACUGAUCAAACACAAGAUUUUUCUAUCCACAAUGAGGACUUCCCAGCACUUCCUGGUCCAAACUAUAAAGACCCUACGCUAAACAACGAUGACAACAAAAAUAAUUUAAAUGUCACAACCAAGAACACAUGUAACACCGAUGGACCAAAGUUCCCUGGAGACAAGCCGGUGUCAGUUCAGAACAACAACAACCAGAAGAAAGGCAUUCAGGUGUUGCCUGAUGGUCGGGUGACAAACAUUCCCGCGGGAAUGGUGACAGACCAAUUUGGGAUGAUCGGCCUGCUGACUUUUAUCCGUGCCGCUGAGACGGAUCCAGGCAUGGUUCAUCUGGCAUUAGGAAGUGACCUCACAACCCUAGGGCUUAACCUGAACUCACCUGAAAAUCUAUACCCAAAGUUUGCCUCUCCGUGGGCAUCAGCGCCUUGUCGACCUCAGGACAUUGACUUUCAUGUCCCAUCUGAGUACUUAACCAAUAUCCACAUAAGAGACAAGUUGGCUGCUAUUAAACUGGCUCGAUAUGGGGAGGACCUGCUGUUCUAUCUGUACUACAUGAAUGGAGGAGACCUACUGCAGCUUCUGGCAGCAGUUGAGCUCUUUAAUCGGGACUGGCGGUACCACAAAGAGGAAAGAGUUUGGAUAACAAGAGCACCUGGCAUGGAGCCCACCCUGAAGACCAACACUUAUGAGAGGGGAACAUACUACUUCUUUGAUUGUCUUAACUGGAGAAAAGUAGCCAAGGAGUUUCAUCUUGAGUAUGACAAACUCGAAGAGAGACCUCAUGUGCCAACAGCGUUCAACUACAACCCAGCACAGCAGGCCUUCUAAGGCCGACCAGUCCAAAGGCCUCUGCUGAUGUGCACACGAGUCUGGCCCCUGCGCGGUGGGGCAGUUUACAGUUUGGUUUUACCCCUGGGGGAUGCUAUAGGGCUGUUUGACUGCAGAAGCUGUGGCCACGGUCAGAUUGUCCAGCCUUUUCCAUUUACAUGCUGCCCAAACACCAACAUUUGUUCUGAUUUGAUCUUUUCUGUUGCUCCUGUGAUCCGUCUGGUUUCCAGCAGGGUCUGUGAUGUUUACAUCUGAGUUUGUUGCAUUUUUUUUUUUCUCAAGGACUCUCCACACAAGGCUUAGGCCUGAUUUUAAAAACUCUUGAGACAAGCAGGGAAAUCAAACUCCUCUCAGACCAUAAGUAAAAGUGGAGAGACAUGCAGUGUCUAUUGUUGCACUUUGUUUAGUAAUAAAAGAACACAACAUUUGUUUGUGCUUUUUUAUGUUGACACUCCCAAAAAUCUUUGUUCAGGGAGUUCAGAACAUAAUUCAUUGCAUGAUUUUUCUUACAUUACCUUUAUACAAUGCUUCUUCUCCAGGGCGGACUCCUCAGACCUGUGUUUGUUCUGUGUGGAUUAGGCGUAUAUCAGAAUACAUUCGUUUUCACACACGUGACGUUGUCUGCUGAAAGAGGUAAAACCGUUUGCCUCAGAUCAAGCUAAACUUUCCAGUCUUUGUUAAAGUUUUUGUAAGAAAUGUGUAAUGUAAAUGUUUGAUUUUUGCAUCACAUAAUUUAGUAUGUACAGAUAUGUAUAUAUGAGCGCUCUAUAUAAAUAUAUGUAUGUACAUAUAUAUUGACAUCUAUUUUGGAAGAAAUUUGCCCUGCCUUGUUACCUAGUUUUUAUUGGGUGAGCAUGGUGCAAUAUGUAGAUGUUAUUUCUUGACCUGGUGGGCAGAGUGUCACUUGGCACUGUGGGCACUUACAGAUGUACGAGAUUUAUCAAGGUUUGCCUAAAAAGGUUAAGUGAAAGCUGUUUAAACAGCUCUGGCAGCAUUUCAUUGGAUGAGGAAACUGACUGAAGAGAUAAAGAUGAGACCAAUCUUGUACUUUCUGAAGUUUUCUUUGUAUUAAAGAUGAAAAUGCUUUA